UUGGCGCAGAUCCUCUUCCCCUUCAGCACCUUGAACAUCGCCAACGAGUCGGCCAACAUGACGUCGGGCAUGGGGAUGUCGUUCUUUAUCAUGGUCCUGAUGAGGUGCAGGUGGUCGAAGCAGCAGCAGAAGUGGGCGAUGAGCGCGAUCUGCGGAUCCUUCCUGGCGCUGGUCGUGUGCUUGGAUCUGACCCCCUCGAUCCACAAUCACGAAGCUGAUCAUUGCGGCGGCGGCGGUCUCUGCCAACAUGUUCCAGAGGGUUGGCGUGAAUUCUUGUUGGCGAGGCGGUUGAAGUCUUUCCGGGAGAAGAGAAGCUUGAGGUUUGACAAGUGCUACAAGGUCUGCUGCCACGCGGACUACGAGGUGUCGAAGGCAUACGACAAGAUGGACGAGACCAUCUUCUGCAGCGAUGCGAGAAUUGAGAGCGCGACCGUCAUCUUGAACAGCGACUCCGCUUUGUCGCUGGAUGACCCGAAGGAGUUCUUGAAGCGCAAGAUCACGCACCGCACCAUCGAGAGCAGCGAAUUGGACAACAGUGUCAACAAGUUGGAGAAUCUCAGGACGGGCUUCCACGCCGCGAUGAUGGGCCGGAGCCACAAGAGAACGAUUACCGUGCCCAAGUUGAGCUAUUCCGGCCUCGCCCCGCCGCCCAACAUUGGGGACGACAUCUACAAGGGUGCCUCCCUUCUCAGCAGCGAGAUCGACGACAGCGUCAGCAUCAACUCUGAGCACAAAAGCGGCAUCUCAAUCUUCUCGGUGCACUGCAACAUGAUGGCGAACAACUCGACGACAUUGAACUGGACCGUCUGGGCGAAGGCGCUGGCCUUGAUCCUCGCCGCCUGCGUGAGGUUCUACAUCUCGAAGACGGGGGCCGAGAACGUCACGAUCGACCAGGUUGCCUUGGCGAAGAGGUGCUCCCACUUAGUGGCCAGGCUCCACGACAUUUCGAACCGCAAGCUGGAGGCAGUGAAGAGCGACGUGAUCAAGUACAUGUCGAAGCGGAUCGCGAGGACGGAGAAGGACUAG